AUGAGCGAACAGGCUGAAGCUUCCCUUCGGUUUGACCUUGAUACACGUCAGCUGGCAUCUGAGUAUGACAUCUGCAGUGACUACCAGUAUGAUGUGGGCUUGUCUCUCAUAGAGGCCGUGCGCAUCAGCCCUAGAGACCGAGUUCUAGAUGUCGGAGCCGGGACAGGACGUCUUGCCUCUUACAUCGCAGAUUCAGUUACUCGUGAAGGAUUGGUUUUGGGUAUCGACCCCCUGAAAAAUCGAAUCGAUGUCGCUCGCAACAUAAUUGCGUCCAAUCUAGAAUUUAGUGUUGGUAACGCACACGACCUAUCCCGCUUUAGCUCUGAUUACUUCGAUGUCGUGCUUCUGAAUUGUGUAUUUCAUUGGUUACAAGAUCAUACACAAGCUCUUCGUGAGAUUGCACGCGUUUUGAAACCAGGCGGCCUCCUCGGGAUAUCAACCCCAUCCAGAAACCGCUCAUUCUCUCCUUUUGAUAUAAAGAGGACGGUUCUUUCGGGAGAGAACUAUCGAAAUUACUCUCGGGAUAUGAGUGAGCCAGUCAAAAUGUUCACUGCAAACGAAAUGAGCGAUCUUCUCAACAGUUCUGGGUUUAUAUGCAGAACAAUUUCCGCACUACCAACAACAAUCAAAGGACAGAAUUCUGAAGAUGUGAUGAAACUGGUCCAGGCAAGCUCAUUCGGGAAUUACCUUGAGCAUCUUCCCGAGAAUCUACGAACCGCCGCCUCUGAAGAGAUCCAGCAGUCUUUCGAUCGGCUUCGCACAGAUAGCGGUAUUCCACUCGAGCUUGAAAUGUUGGUUAUUGUGUCGGUUAAGAAUUAA